UACUAUAGUCUAUAUAGCUGUUGUGUAUAUAGAAGCUAUUUAAAGGUUAAGUUCUCACGUGUUUAGAAACCUUAAUUUACUAUAAAAUUGUAAACGACACCUGGACCGAAAAAAUAUGAUCGAGCCGGAUCAAGAAGGCAGUCAGGGUGGAUUGCGUACGGAUGGAAGACGGGCGCUGGAAUUGAGACAAGUUCGUAUGCGAAUGGGAGUGUUCGGACAAGCCGACGGCAGUGCGUACAUCGAGCAUGGAAACACUAAAGUUUUAGCCGCAGUUUACGGCCCUCAUCAGCCGAGAAGCAGUGCAUCGAGGACGAGUACAAAGGCCAUUAUAAAUUGCCAGUACAGUAUGGCCGUGUUCAGUUUUACCUCCGGCGAGCGCAAGCGAAGGCCUAGAGGAGACUGGAAAUCACAGGAGAGAUCGACUCAAUUACGCCACGCGAUGGAAGCUAUAAUACACUUGGAACUGUAUCCACGUUCUCAGAUCGAUAUCUUUGUGGAAAUUCUACAAGUUGACGGUAGCGAUUACUGCGCAUCUGUGAACGCGGCCACGCUCGCAUUAAUAGACGCUGGAAUUCCAAUUAAGAAUUACGCGGUAGGUUGUACAGUAUCUCUAAUCAAUAAAUUGUCAAUGGAGAAUGAAGACAAAACGUUGGCAGCAGGUGUAGUGGAUUCGAAUUUUGUGGAAGAAUGUUCGCCCGGGGUCACUUUGUCCGUCGUCGCGUUAGCAGAAACAAAUAACGAAGUCGAAGUGGACGGAAACGGUCUGAUAGUGGUGGCACACGGGGCCGGGCAGCGAUUGCAUUUGUCGCGUCUGCAAACGCUCAAACAGCGUGCGUUACAAGGUUGCCAGGACAUAAAGGCUAUACUGGACAAUGGCGUGAGACAUCACUUGAACGCGAACCUACUGCCUUCGUUUCUGCAGAAUUCACUCGAGUAAUAAGAAAAGAGCGAUAUACACUUCACAGUACUGCAACGUUUUUUAUCGUUUAAUACAAUAUAUAAUAAACAAUAUAAAAUACUUUCUUACAAAAGCUGAUAACAAUUCCUGUUCCUUUUUUUUUUUUUUUUGUUUUUCUCAAGUAGAAAAAUAUCUUAAUAUAUUUUUAUCAGAUACACAAAUUUCUUCUAUUGCAUUGUUUUAAACG